UCAAAAACACGUCAACACUUAAGAUAGCUUUAAGUAUCUAUUUUCUAAGUAGACUUUAUUUUAUAAAAUACAAUAUCUUGAAUAAAAAAUGAUCAGAUAUCGUGGCAAAAAGAAGGUUAUAGAUAAGGUGAAAGAGUUAGAUGCUUUCUCCAAAGUUCCUGAAGAAUACGUAGACAGUACGCCGGUCGGCGGAACCUUUUCAGUAAUAACGUUUUUUAUUAUUAUGUGGCUGGUUUAUAGCGAAGUUUCUUUCUUUCUAGAUAGCAAUUUAGUGUUUAGAUUUAUGCCUGAUACGGAUAUGGACGAGAAAUUAAGAAUAAACAUAGAUAUUACUGUUGCCAUGCCGUGUUUGAAUAUCGGUGCCGAUAUACUGGAUUCUACGUCUCAAAGCGUCUUUGGAUUUGGAGAGUUACAAGAGGAAGAUACAUGGUGGGAACUGACGCAGGAGCAACAAGUCGCAUUUGAUUCUGUCAAGUUUUUCAAUUCAUAUUUAAGAGAAGAAUAUCAUUCCAUUUGGCACUUGCUAUGGAAGAAAGGUCAUGGAUCAGUCAGAGCGACUGUACCAAAGCGAAAAACUAAGCCAAAGCGCCGGCCUGAUGCCUGUCGCUUACAUGGUGUGCUUACAUUAAAUAAAGUAUCUGGAAACUUCCACAUAACCGUUGGAAAAAGUUUACAUCUACCCAGGGGACAUAUACAUCUGAAUAUGCUUUUUGAUGACACACCUCAAAAUUUCAGUCACAGAAUAAACAGGCUAAGCUUCGGCAGUCCUGCUAAUGGAAUUAUAUACCCUCUAGAAGGAGAUGAAAAAAUUGCACUUGAUGAAAAUAUGCUAUACCAAUACUUUCUGGAAGUAGUGCCGACAGAUAUAGAUACCACGUUUGAAUCAAUUAAGACAUUUCAGUAUUCAGUAAAAGAACUACAAAGACCCAUAAGUCACAGCUCUGGCUCACAUGGAGUUCCGGGAGUAUUUUUCAAAUAUGACAUGGCCGCAUUGAAGAUUCAAGUUUAUCAAGAGAGGGAAAACUUAUUACAAUUUAUGCUGCGUUUAUUUUCAAUUAUUGGUGGCAUUUAUGUAAUAAUAGGAUUUAUUAAUACUGUAGUGUUGACACUUCGGGCAGGAUUAUCAAGUACUGUAACAGCUGAGCACGUAAAAAAGAAAGAAUAUCAAUCAGCACCAUCUACUCCGGUCCAAAAAAAUCCUUUACUCAUAACACCAGAUUUAAAUAUGCCUUUAAAUCUAAUAAAACAAUGACAUUGAUCGUAAAUAAAUAAAGUAGGUAGUUAACUGAUUUCUGUAUAUAAGAAUGUUUUAAUUAAAUUUAUUAAAUUUAAUUGUAUAAAAUUUAAUACAGUAAAUUUAUUUCUAGUAUAUGUUUGAUAAUUCUAAAAUGUGAUCUGCUAUUUUAAAUUACUUUUUUUAUAAAUUAACUUAUUUUGUAUAAAAUUUUAUUUGAUCAAUCAUUUUUAUGUUUUUAAUGCCUUUACGUAAG